UCCCCCACGUGUUGUCUGUUUUCAGUGACCGGAUAUCAUGGGUUUGCCGCCACCUUCAGCCCGUUUCCUUCGUCCUUCUUCCAUUCCUCUAUAUCUCCUUCAUUGCCGACAUUUUUUUUUCCCAUAUCUUUAAUUUCAUCACUGACGCAUAUUAACUAUUGUUAAUUAAAAACCUUUUUUUUUUUUUUACUAGUGGAUUAUUUUAUUGAAUGAUAUCAUCACCCUGUAAUAAACCAUCUUUAUCAUAUAAUGAUAAAGUAAUGGUUUAUAUAAUGCGUCCAAAUUCUAGUUGCAAAAGUGGUUGGAGUUCAUCCACAAAUGGGUAUUUGGCGCUUAUUAUUAAGGAGCUCAAAUUCUUGAGAGAAACAAAGAUGAUCAACAUUUGAUCAAAUAACUUCCAUCAACAACUCCAAAGCAAAAUAUAUAUUCUCAAAAGAUGAGAAUUGAGAAAGAAGAAAUGGGGAUUGAUCAAACUAGAAAGAUACUGGUUGGUGUUCGAUUCGAUUCCGACAGCAAAGAGCUUCUCGGUUGGGCCAUUGUUAAGGUUGCUAACCCUCUUGAUCACGUUGUUGCUCUUCAUGUUUGCAGAAACCCAGAUGAUGCAUCAAAAGAGAAGAAGUUGUUGGAUGAUUAUCUAGAUAUUUUCAAGAACUUAUGUGAUAUUAAGAAGGUAAAGCUGAGUGGGAAAAUAUUGACAGGAAAAUCAAUAAGAAAAACCCUAGUAAGUGAGGCAAAGGGGAGUUCUGCUGUUGCUGUAAUUACUGGAAUAACCAAAGCUGGUUUUAUUGGGGGUAGAGUGUCAACAGCUAAGUAUUGUGCAAAACAUUUGCCUUUAAUGACAAAAAUCUUCAGUGUCCACAAUGGCAAAGUUGUGUUUGAAAGACUCUCGAAUGAUGAUACACCAGGAGUCCAAGAAGAUCCGAGGCCAAGCUUCCAUAAACCCGAAAAAUCCGAGUGUGGUGAUUCUGAAGUUGAUUCAAAUGGCUCUAAAGUGAACAGUCAGAACUCGGAAUCUGGAUCAACAGAUAACAGUGAGGGACUUGUGGAAAAUAGAUGUGUUGGGAGUGAAAAUGAAGUUCCUCUAAGAACAGUUAGUCUUAACAAAGAGGAUAUGACGGAACAAAAACCCGGAUGGCCUUUGCUUAGAAGAUCUAGCCUUCCAACUCAAAAGGCAUUGGACUCUAGGAAAAUGUCGGUAGUGCAGUGGGUGCUCAACUUCCCUGAUCGUUCACCACCUGAAACUCCUCAAAGUAAUAGUAGUAGUAGUAGUAGUAGCAGUAAUAAUGGAGACUCAUGUUCUAGCAACUCAGAAAGUCCCCUUGCUAGUACUGAUGGUGCAUUUAGUAGUAAAAGCAGUCAGUCACUCUGGAGUGAGUUGCUGCUGGAUCAGGAACCCGGGCUUCCAUUUGAAUUGAACUUUUUGGAGUUCACUUGGUUUAGCUACGAGGUUUUAAGGAACGCCACAUCAACUUUCUCUCAAGGUAAAGGAGGUUGUAGCCGAGUUUAUAAGGGAACUUUUCUUGAUGGUAAGGAAGUGGCUGUGAAAGUACUGAAAUCUUCGAAACAAGCAUGGAAGGAUUUCUCUCAAGAAGUAAAUAUCAUGUCCUCAAUGCGACACAAAAACAUUACACCAUUGCUCGGUGUUUGUAUCGACAACAGUGAGCUAAUCUCUGUCUAUGAGUUCAUGUCCAAGGGCAGUUUAGAAGAAAACUUACAUGAUUUUAUUGUUUAUAAAUUUCUAACAGCUGAGAACAAAGACAAAUGUUUGCUGUCAUGGGAUGCAAGGUUUACUGUAGCUGUGGGGAUAGCAGAAGCCCUGGUUUAUUUGCACCAAGGAUGUUCAAGGCCUGUUAUUCACAGAGAUGUCAAAACUUCCAAUAUUCUUUUGUCUCACAAUUUUGAACCUCAGUUGUCGGAUUUUGGGCUUGCAAUAUGGGGUCCGAAUUCGACUAGUUUUGAGACCUACACAGAUGUGGUGGGCACAUUUGGAUAUCUAGCACCCGAGUAUUUCAUGUACGGUAAAGUCACCGACAAGCUCGAUGUCUAUUCAUUUGGAGUGGUGCUUCUGGAAUUGCUUACUGGAAGAAAACCCAUUAACUCCUCCAAAGGCCAAGAGAGCUUGGUCAUGUGGGCAAAACCAAAGCUACAAUUAGGUGGAAAAGUAAUAAAAGGAAUAUUAGACCCUAGUUUGGAGGGGAGCGUAGAUGAGUCCCAAAUGCAAAGAAUGGUCGUAGCAGCUACCCUUUGCUUGACAAGGGCAACUAGGCUUCGUCCUAAAAUGGACCAGAUACUAAAAUUUCUUAAAGGAGAGGCAAGUAUGGAGACAUGGACAAAGUCACAUAAUGUAUAUGAUGAGCAAGAAGAAGGGGAAAACUGUGAUGAAUUUUAUCAAAACUCAAGUACUAAGAAGUCGCACUUAAGCCUAGCACUCCUCGACGUGGAAGACGACUACACCUCGUGUAGUAGUGGUGACGGGAGUAACAGCCCUCAUACUCUUGAGGAUUUACUUAACUGGAAAAUGCAGGAGGUCAUCCAGUUUUGAUUAAUCCCCAAUCUCCCAUUUGUAAUUAUUAUUACUUUAGCAAAGUUCAAAUGUAUAGUUUUGAGGAAAUUAAAAGUAUAUAUUUGCACCCUUGUUUAUGUGGUGGUUUGGGUAAAUGUAAAACAAUAUAUAUGCAUGAUUGCAUGUUAUUGAGACAAUCAAGAGCAUUUUUGGCAAUUGACUAACCAAUAAUUGGACUGUUUGAGUUA